UUAUUUUGACAGCUCUAUUAGGUUAGCUGUCUUUUACUAUUAUUAACUCAAAAUCAGAGAAUUAAAUUGGGGUUUCUUUUCUUUCUUUUUCUUUGUCUUAAAAUCUCAUAUAUAUCACCUCCUCCUCUUCCUUCAAGAAGCCCCAAACAUUCUCUCAACUCCGUUUUUCAUUCUGCUUAUAUAUUAAUGGAUUCUUCCCAAAAUUGUGGAGGGUCAGAGGAAAUUCAAAACAGUGAAUCUGGGUGGACAAUGUAUAUUGCCUCCUCAAUUCAUGGUGAUGAUGAUUUCAAGAAUUACAGUCACGAUCAAGAUGAGCAAGAUAGUGAUGAUUCAUUAGCUUCUGAUGCUUCUUCUGGGCCUGGUUAUCAAGGAACAAGCAGAGCAGCGGAGGAUGAGGAAGAUCAAAACAAUGGGUUGAAGAAGAAGAAGAAACUUAGUUUAAAGAAACCAAUAUCGGAGAAGAAGAAGAAGAAGAAAGAAGAAGACAAGAAAGAAGCGGGAUUUGUGUACUCAACAAGAACAGGAGCUGAUACUAUUACUACUACUUCCCAAACUGGUUCCAAGGUAAGAAACAAAUUCUGGAAGGGCAGAACAAAAUAGAGUGCUUUUUUUUGGAUAUGGUAAGCUUGAGCCCAGACAUGUAAAUCUGUAGGUGAAAUAGUACUCCUUUUGUUAGCUUUGUUAUGGUUGAUUUAAAGACUGUCGUUCAUGUAUUUUGGCUUUUCUAGAGUCUUCCUUGUGGCUUUAGUUUCAUGUCUCUCCUCACGUGCAUCAGAUAAUUAUCGUAUCCAAUGAGGCUAAUAUUUUAUAUAAAAAAAAAAUUAUGAUGUA